AGGUAAUCAUAGCCAUGUGUGUUCCUGUAGUACGUCCAUGGUUUAGUUUGACAGAAUCCAGGGAAAACAUGUUCCUAUAAGUUAUUUUGUUCACCAUUUUGGUACACUCAAUGCAAGAAAGUGUGUGAGCGUAGUAUUAAUGUGUUGCUAAACCACGUUAACUUAUUUCAAUUUUGGCAGGAUUUACUCUAGUACCUAAGAAAUCAUCCAUCAUGUCAUAGCGUGAAAUGCUAUUUGUUCGACCUCUUCUUAGUGCCUUAGGAAGCAGCAGAUUGAGACUCAGGAAUAAAGAUUUUCUUACUAAAUUGGUUUACAAUAUGAGUGAAGUACCUGAAGGUGUUCCCUCAGACAAAGUACUGAAAAGAAUCAGUGAGGACAAUGAAGAUACUGCUGUUGCCAAAAAGCUCAAAACUGACGACUCCAUAGAAGAUGAGAAGAAGUAUCCUAAAAAGAAAGUGGUUUUACUUAUUGCUUAUUCUGGGAAAGGAUAUUAUGGCAUGCAGAGAAAUCCAGGAAACUCUCAGUUCAGAACUAUUGAGGAUGAUCUGGUCACAGCACUUGUAAAAUCUGGCUGCAUCCCACAAGAGCAUUGUGAUGAUAUGAAGAAGAUGUCUUUUCAAAGAUGUGCCCGAACAGACAAGGGUGUGUCUGCUGCAGGUCAAGUUGUGUCCUUGAAGGUACGCCUAGUUGAUGAUAUAAUUGAAAAGAUUAAUCAGCAUUUGCCACUUCAAAUAAGAGUUCUGGGUCUUAAACGAGUGACUCAGGGUUUCAACUCCAAAAACAACUGUGAUGCACGGACCUACUCCUAUACACUUCCAACUGUGGCUUUUGCAUCGAAAGAUUAUGAUACUGAAAAAGCAGCUGCCUUUAGGCUGAGUCCAGAGACACUUGAGAAUGUAAACCGCUUGUUCGCUCUUUAUAAAGGCACACAUAACUUUCACAACUUCACUUCUCAGAAGGCAUCGUGCGACCCCAGUGCUCGCCGCUACAUCACCCAGAUGUCCUGUGGGAAGCCCUUUAUCUGUAGUGACAAUGAGUUUGUAGAGAUCACAGUCAGAGGGCAGAGCUUCAUGAUGCAUCAGAUCCGUAAGAUGAUCGGCUUGGUGAUUGCUGUUGUGAAAGGUUAUGCCACAGACAACGUGAUGGAGAGGAGCUGGGGGAAAGAGAAGGUGGAUGUACCUAAAGCUCCCGGGCUUGGAUUGGUCUUGGAGCGGGUCCACUUUGACAGAUAUAACAAACGCUUUGGAGGAGAUGGGCUUCAUGAGCAACUGGAAUGGAACAAAGAGGAAGCAGCUAUCCAGGCCUUUAAGGAAGCGCACAUCUACCCCACUAUUGUAGAAACUGAGUGUCAGGAAGGCUCAAUGAUUAGUUGGAUGGCCACUCUACCUAUACAUGACUUUAAAGCCACAGCUACAGGCUCUCAAGGAAAUGAGGACCAAAAACUGGUCAAGGAGGAAAUACAAAAUGAUUCUGAUUAGCUCAUACUUUAUUUUUUGUGGUUGUAAAAAUCAACACAAAAUGCUUCUUUUCACA